AUCAGAUAAUUGGAGUAAAUCAGAUAACGAAGCAAACAUGACUGAGCCAAUAGAAGAGCUAGAAAGUUCAGAGCUGGGUACGAAGGAUUAUUGGGAAACUAGCUACGAGUCUGAGAUGCGCAACUAUAAAGAUCAUGGUGAUGUGGGAGAAAUCUGGUUUGACGAAGACAGCCAGCUGAGAAUCAUUCGGUGGAUCGAGAAACAGGAGGAGUCAAUAAGCCAAGAUGAUGCUGUAAUAGAUUUGGGUUGUGGCAAUGGCAUGCUGCUCAUAGAGCUUGCUCGUGAGGGUUACAGUAAUUUGACCGGAGUUGAUUACUCGCCUAAUGCUGUAGAACUCGCUCAGGCCAUUACUAAAGAUCAGGAACUUUGUAUCACUUUCAAAGUGGCCGAUUUGCUAAGUCGGACAGACGUCGAGUCUCUGGGUCAUUUCAAGGUAGUUCAUGAUAAAGGAACUUACGAUGCUAUCAGCCUGAAUCCGGAGGAUUCGAAGUCAAUGCGGGAAAUCUAUAUGCAUAGUGUGUAUCGACUGCUGACCGAUGAUGGAUUUUUUGUUCUUACUUCAUGCAAUUGGACCCAGCAAGAAUUGGUGAAAAGCUUCGAAAAGUACUUCCAAUUGUAUCAGGUAAUUCCGACACCUUCGUUUCAGUUCGGCGGUAGCGUCGGUAAUGUUGUUACUUCUGUUGUUUUUUGUAAAUUAACCAAAAAGUAAAUU